GCGCAGCCACAUUCAGACCCGGAGAGGAGAGGAGUCCUGAUCAGACCCGUGCCAGACGCGCUGUGCACGCUUUAACUGCGCUCUUAUGAAUUAGGAUUAUUAGGACUUUAUAAGGGAGCUGAGUGUGAGGGAUUAACACAGCUCGGUUCGGAUUUCUUGGCCCAGUUUGGAAUAUGUUUCUGGAUUAAAGGCGCGCAGAAAUCCGAGGACAGAACUUUAAUCUCGUUUCUUCGUGAGUUCAAGUCUCGGUGAAGAAGAAGAAACUUCUUUGUGCGUCUUUGAGGGCACUCUUUCUGUCUGAGAUGGUGGGCCACCUACACCUCCAAGCGAUGGAUGACAGCCUGAAAGGAAAGAACCGGGACGGGCUGCUCGACAGUCCGGACUCGGGCUUGCCCCCCAGUCCCAGUCCGCCCUUCUGCUCCCUGUCCCCGGCCCCGAUGGAGCCGCGCGCCGGCAGCUGCUCCACGCCUGUCCACCAGCAGACAAAGGAGGGCAAACUGCUGCCCUACCUGCUGCUGAACUGCGCAGGAACAGACCCCAAGACCCGAAUGCACCCCGUGUUCUUCGGAGAGAGCAUCGAAGUCAACCCCAAACCAGAGCGGGAAAUCAAGUGCUCCUCCGAGGUGAAGUACGACUCCGACAAGCACUACAGAGACCGAGUGCUGUGCGCCCCCGUCCCCACGCCCACCUCCUUCAGCGAGACGGUGGUGCUGGUGCAGAACUGCACCUGGAGGAGCUACAAGACGCAGGUGUACCUGGAGCCCCGGCAAAAGCCCGUCAGAUACCAGAGCACCACCAUCAUCUACCCCAAACACGCCAAGAACACUUACCGCACCACGCUCAACUACAACGCCGCGGGCUCCCGCCGCUGGUUCAUCUCCACGGUGCAGCUGGAGUCCAGCGAGGACACGAGUCCCUGCAUCAUCUACACGGAGGACCUGUAGGGUCCGGACCAGCAAAGAGGUUUCUUUUACUUCAACUUCAAAAUAAAACACUUCUCCAGAGACUGGAGGACGUUGAAACGUCCAAAAGAAAAAAAAAUAGCAGUUAAACUGACGUUCGAGCUGACGGAGAGGAGUUUAAUGUCUUCAUCACAAGAACUGACAGAUGUGGAUCCUCUGGACAGGAACCUGAGAGGACUCUGCGUUAAUACGACGACUUGUGUCCAAGCCACCUGAACAUAGCCUUUAUUGCACUUGUUUUUUAUUUUAUUUUGUUUUUAAUUCUACAAAUCACAGCUGUCUCUGUGGAUUUGACUCAGCAGUGGAGAAACUCCGGGCGGCCUCAGAGAAAAUGGACCAAAACGAUCAUUUCAAGUUUAUUUCCUCCUCCUGGCUCCACACCUGGAGUCAGGUGGUUUCACCUGCAGAUGGUCAUAAUUAAAGGAGCCUGGGGGAAAAAAAAACAAGAAAAACAAUAAAACUUUUAGAAUUUAGGGCUUUUUAAAUUAUUAAUUUUUUGGUAAACAGGUUCCUUUAUCAUUUCUUAGAAGUGCUGGGAAGUUGUGCUGCGAAACACAGAAACAAUGUUUAGAUUAAUGAACUGUUUUUUUAUUUUUAUUAAAGAAAUAAAUGUCCAGCAGGACUGUAGGGGUCUGCAGCGUGUGGCUCUGGGGCCACAUGUGGCUCUUUGUAGCUGUGACACAAACUAUCAUGGAAAUAAAAAAUAAACAUUUAGAACCACACAGAAACAGCUGAAGCUGAUUUCUUGUCCAGUUUUAUGAAUGAACAGAUGAAUAACAGAUUGAUGCUAUUAUAAAAUUAAGGAAAAUGACUUGGAGGAAAACAUUGAACGUAGUUUUCAAAAGUCAUCUAAAUAUUUUGAAUCUUUAUUAUCACAAAAACUAAAAAAAAAAAAGGUUAACAUUCAGUAAAACUGACCAGAGAAGGUGAAGAAGAUAAAGGUUUUUAUUACUGUAGCGUUUUGUUUGAUCAGGGCUCUUCUGAUGGUGAAGGUUGCAGAUCUUGUUGCCAUUAAAAUCAGGGCAGAAUUCAUUUUAAACCUGCUGCUGGAGUUGAACACACAAGGACAAAAGGGACGGAGGUCUGUGAAUAAACGUGAAAUAACUGCAGCCUGAUCUCUGCUCGAAUCCACAGGAAGAACGGUUUUCAGCCGACUGGAACAAGCCUCUUACGAGUUAAAACAGCUCGUAAAGUUAACAAAGAGGUUUGAGAAACAGCAGCGACGUUAAUCUGACAUUAAAGUCUAAAACAAUCAGAUUAAUGUUCAGCCCCAACAGUUCAGAUUUGAUCUGUUUCUGAUCCCCCGGGGAUCGAAUCCCUCAGUAAUCCUAAAUAUGUACGAAGUGAAGCCAUGAAACCACAGGAAAUUUCCUUUUUGAGGAAUUCCUUCUUUUCCUGAGCUUCACAUCUUUGUCUUAUAGAAGCAGAAAAUCCAUGUAGAUAGCCGAAGAGGCCAUGUUGAGACAUCAGACUUUACCUCAGAUGUGUUUUUGGGACGUGUGGAUGUUUUCCUUUUCUUUUAGCGCUCUCGUUGUAUUUUGUCGUGUGGAGCAGAGACGGUGCAGCAUCAAGGCUGACGAUGAGGAGGAAACAGGAAGUGGGCUCUUAGGAAAUUAUUGACAGGAUAAGGAUGUUGGUUUUGUGUCGACGGCUCGUGUAAAGUCAGACGAUGAGAUGAAAGUUGACGGAGUUCAAGUCUUUGUACCUUUGCUGGUUUUCUGUCGUGUCUUCUAACACUUGAUUUUGUUGCUGUAAGAUAUUUUCUGUUGUAUAUGAGACAUCGAGGCACUUCAUAAUUCUCUUUAUAUUUUUGUACAUCGAUCGUUGUUCCUGUUCUGAUCAAAGGUGAUUAUUUAAGAUGUAUAUCCGGAAGAAUAAAACAAUGAAGAAAAUCCAAA